AUGGACCAUCUGAUUCAAAAGAACAACACAAGGAGCAGCAGCUUGGUGAAGAAUGCAUACAGGAAUAUAAUGGGUUUUGAGAACCUGAGGAAGGAUCCUAUUUGGAAUAUUAUAUGGAAGUGGAAGGGUCCAUUUAGAAUGCAUAGCUUUAUUUGGAUAAUUUUGCAAGGUAAAAUUCUCACCAAGGAAUUCACUGCCAAAUGGGGUGGGAUGCCCUUCUGCCAUGCAUGUGUUACUAAUAUUGAGGAUACUUUGCAUGUGGUGAGAGAUUGCAAGAAUGCUAAAGUUAUUUGGAAUUCUUGGUUGAAUGGUAGCUCCUAUGUGGAUUUUUUCUCCUUAAAUGCACAGGAGAACAAUGAGUUACAUGAUCCAUCUUUCUCUAGACCUUACAACCCCAUUCAAGUUAUUUCCAAGUAUAUUUUGGAAAUAAAAGUAGCAAAGGAGGCCAACAGAAUUAAUUCUCUGCCAUCCAGGUUGGUGGAGAGGGUGAAGUGGGCCGCGCCUGAGUAUGGGUGGUGGAAAAUUAAUAUAGAUGGUGCGGUUGAGAAGAGUUCUGAUAGAGCUACCUGUGGGGGCCUUGUUAGAGAUGAUAAAGGGGUGGCUUGGGAGAGUGGGAUUAGAAAGCUGAUUAUAGAAAGAGACUCCUCCUUGGCUAUGGCCGCGAUAGCAGGUGAAGAUGGUCCUGGGGGAGUACCUCAAAUGGUGAAGUUGAUUAGGAACUGA